GGGAAAAGAAAAUCGGCGGGGCCGACCAACUCCGCCUCCUCCCUCUUUGGGCGCAGCUUUGAGAGAGAGGAGAGGUGGCGGCUCGUCUCACCUCUCUCUUCCUAAUAUAACUGCAAUUCAACCUCUAUUCAGACGCUCACCAGACCGCCUAUGGCCGCGGCGGCUCCGAGCGGCUGCCGCUACUCGUCCUCCCCGAGCCGCCAUCACCACCGCAUCCGCAGUGUUCUCCCAUCCCGCCUCCGCCAUUUCCGGACACCAACACUCUGCCCUGGACCCCGCCCGAGGCCCUCGGCUCUGGUGGCGGGCAGAAAUGAGAGGACCGAAGUGAAGCGGCGGGCGUUCGCGGGACCGGAAGAGAUCGUCGGAGCAGAGGAGGGCGACGGCAGUGUGAAGGACGAGCAGUUCGUGCGGUGGUUCCGGGAGGCGUGGCCAUACUUCCGGGCUCACAGGGGCGGCACCUUCGUGGUGGUCGUCUCGGGUGAAAUCGUCGCCAGUCCUCACUUGGAUCCUAUACUCAAGGAUAUUGCACUUCUUCAUGGUCUGGGAAUCAGGUUCGUUCUGGUUCCGGGGACCCAUGUGCUGAUUGAUAAGCUUUUGGCUGAGAAAGGGUCCAAUCCGAAGUAUGUUGGUCAAUACAGGAUAACCGACUCGAACUCACUUGCAGCAGCAAUGGAAGCGGCUGGAGGAACUAGACUGAUGAUAGAAGCUAAACUCUCACCAGGACCCCCUAUUUGCAAUAUCCGACGGCAUGGAGAUAGUAGCCGUUGGCAUGAAGUAGGUGUUAGUGUUGCAAGCGGAAACUUCCUUGCAGCCAAGAGAAGAGGGGUUGUUGAAGGGGUUGAUUUCGGAGCAACAGGUGAAGUCAAGAGAGUUGAUGUUUCUCGCAUAUGUGAGAGGCUUGAUGGAGGAUGUAUAGUACUAUUAAGUAACAUCGGCUAUUCCAGCUCUGGAGAAGUUUUAAAUUGCAACACAUACGAAGUAGCUACAGCUUGUGCAUUAGCAAUUGGAGCAGAGAAACUUAUUUGCAUCAUAGAUGGCCCAAUCCUGGAUAAAAAUGGACGCCUCAUUCAGUUUAUGACUCUUCAAGAAGCAGAUAUGCUGAUUAGGGAGCGAGCUAAGGAAAGUGAGACAGCUGCUAACUAUGUGAAAGCAGUAGGCAGAGAAGACAUCGCAGGCCUUUCACUCGACGAUUCAAGUGAUAAAAUGGCUUCUUCACACAAUGGAAACUCUCUUAUGAGGAAGGGAAACACGACCUUUCAUAACGGGAUAGGUUUUGCCAAUGGUAAUGGACUUUGGAUCAGUGAACAAGGCUUUCCCAUUGGUGGUAUAGAACGUCAGCAGCGAAUAAAUGGUUAUCUUUCAGAACUGGCUGCUGCAGCCUUUGUUUGCCGGGGAGGUGUCCAAAGAGUUCACUUGCUGGAUGGCACAGCGGGUGGUGCCUUAUUAUUGGAGUUGUUUCAAAGAGAUGGAAUGGGGACGAUGGUAGCUAGUGAUCUGUAUGAAGGCACCAGAGUGGCCACGGCUACAGAUCUUUCUGGAAUAAGGCAAAUAAUAAAACCCUUGGAAGAAUCCGGCACUUUGGUCCGAAGGACAGAUGAGGAGGUUCCCCUCUACUCUUUUUUGUUUCAUUCACAACUACUGGACGCAUUGAACUCCUUUGUAGUUGUGGAGAGAGAAGGUCAAAUCAUUGCUUGCGCCGCUCUUUUUCCAUAUUUUGAGGAAAAGUGCGGAGAAGUUGCUGCUAUUGCGGUUUCUCCUGAAUGUCGUGGACAAGGACAGGGAGACAAACUACUUGAUUAUAUCGAGAAGAAAGCUUCCUCUCUUAGACUGCAAAAGCUUUUCCUGCUCACAACGCGUACAGCUGAUUGGUUUGUUAGGCGAGGUUUCUCAGAAUGUUCCAUCGAUUUGAUACCUGAGAAAAGAAGGAAAAAGAUCAACCUAUCCCGCAGAUCGAAGUUCUUCAUGAAGCUGCUUUCUCCUGAUAUGAGUGGAUUUACUGUUGAUAGGGGCCACAGGGCUCUCGGGUGACUCAAAGGUCUUCAGACGCUGCUUCUACGGGGUCUUCACCUCUUCCACAUUGCGAUAAAGCAUUCAAGCUAAGUACUCAGAUUCAUUAUGUACCCCCAGCUUUAGGUCGUAUCCCACUUCUUGAUUUCGGCAAAUACUAUUAUAUGGGAUAUAUGGCAAGGGUAACAUGUGAUGGCUAUGUUUGGCCUGAUCAUGGGGUAGAUCAGGUUACCAGAUGCUUCAUAUUUAUAGGAUAGAAACUGUACGUCUUCGAUCAAAAGACAAAAAAUGCAGUUCGAGUUUUCUAGUUUGGCUUAGUUGCCACUUCUUACAUCCAUGCAUCAACAGAAUUGUCCUGAGACACGAUCACUUUCAUCAGCUGUGUACUCAUCCAUGGAACAUAUGCAAUUUGUCAGUCACCAUCUGUAAUGUCUGUUCAUCUAUGGAAAUAUAUGAGAAUAAUUUGAUUCCA